GUCGAUCCUGUUCUGGGAAAGCUUCAUGACCGCUACCAGGGCCCGGAGCCCUCUGACAUUGUGGAGUUGUUUGAGGGAGAGCAGUUCUUUGCAGCCUUCGAGGGAGGCAUCAACAUCAAUGCUGACCGCCCAGACUGUGUGGACGGACGGAUCUCAUUCAUCUUUUACUCCCACUUGAAGAACAUGAAGGAAAUCUAUGUGACUGCUGAAGUGGACAGGAAAGGCCAAGCUGUGAGAGGGCAGGUCUCCUUCUAUCGUGGCGAAGUUCCAGACAAUGUCCCUGAAGAUGCCACCAAGAAGAGGAAAGGGCCCGACUCCCACUGGCUGGCUACUCUGCCAAUCAAACUGCCUAAACUGAAAUCCCGCUCGGGUGAGCAUUCAGAGCCCAAGAACGGCUUCUCCUUCCCUCCUCUGAACCUGGGGAAUGCCGAGACCGGCUACCUGACACAAGCUAAUCUGCUUGGCAUCGCCGGGCGCAUUGGAGCCGACUGGCAAACUAUUGGCUUGAACCUGGGACUGCCCUAUCAGCAGAUCAAACGAAUAGGAUACAACCACAG